UGAGAGCCCCCAAAAGCAUCUGUACUUCUUGUGUUUCAUUAACCGGGUGAAUCAAUGCACAGUCCUCCAACCGCUUUAAACUUUGUGUCUGUGCCAAUGAUUCUGGUUUUGAUUAAACUCAUCUACUGUUCAUAGCUUUAUCACUUGUGUGCCUGCUGCUCCAAUGGCUUCAAAUCAUCCUGGUUAACAACCACGACAUUCGUACAUGAGACCCCCUUGCACCGACAAGAGGAACAAUAGACCGGGUCCUUGGGCUGCUGAAGAUGACCCAAGGACGAUCGUUCAAGGGAACGGAAAUUGGAGCCUUGCCCCCAGAAAAGCAGGUCUUAGAAGAUGUGGGAAAAGUUGCAAGCCCAGAUGGAGCAAUUACCAUCAACCAGAUUCGAAGCUUGAGAUCUUCACACCACAGGAAGAGGAGCUCAUAAUCAGGCUCCAUGUAAUCAUAGGCAGCAGGUGGUCCAUCAUCGCCCAGCAACUUCCAGGGAGGACUGACAAUGAUGUGAAGAACCACUGGAAUACUAAGCUCCGGAAGAAGCUGAAAGAGAUGGGGAUCGACCCGGUCACACACAAGCCCUUCUCUCAAGUCCUGAGAGACUAUGGAAACAUAGGGGGCACCACGAGAGAAAGCCGAAUCGGGUCCACAGAUCAACCCCAAGCAUUUUCAGACCUAAACACCCACCAAAUACCACCAAAGGUAACAAGUAGAACUGAAACAGACACUGCCCAAAACUAUCACUCCCUAGAUCUUCUUGCCCAGCUUCAUGCCAUAAAGCUGGUCACAGAAGCCUCAACUUGCUCUGCACAUGGCGGAAUGACAUUCAUGCCUUCGAAUACCUCGUUCCCGCCUCCCACUUCUUCCUCUUCCACCGGGUCUGCAGCACCGCAGAGCUUCAGUUGGAGCGAUUUUCUUAUCGAAGACGUGACUUUGCCAACUGAACUUUCAAAGGAAGGGAUCAGGAUGAGACCACAGAAUGAGAUCAAGAACGAGGCCAGAGAGGAAAGUAAUGGGACAGGAGGUUUUCAUCAGAAUGGUACAAGCAACGGCCUUAAAGGGUCAUCAAUCCCAUCCUCAGAUGGUUCAUUUGUGGAGUCCAUAUUGAGCCAGAACGAGGAGAUGUUCAUGGAGUUUCCUGAACUUUGGGAGGAACCACUCUACUAAUUAACUAAGGCACUGCACUGCUAAAUUUCCUUCCUGGGAUUGAGAUGGGAUUUCUACUAAAGAAGUACAAAAUAAUGGAGUUCCAAAGUGUUUGCUACCUGCUAAACAUCUUCUAAUGUUUUGGGUCAGAGUUGUUUCUGUACUUUUGUUUUGGGUUCAUACUUAUGUCAUGGACAGGAUGGCAUGCACUGAUAAUGUAUUACAUUUCAUAAAGUUGACAUCAGAACCGGAGGAAUCGGUCUCUACGAUUGUAUAGCCAAGAGCAAGCCCA